CUGGAGCUCAACAAACCUGAUAAUGGCCUCCCUUUUUUAUAAUCAAACAGAGCAGUUACUCCUUAUUCCUAACUGCUUUUCUCCAUUAAGAAAUCAUGGACGAAACAGCUCCUAUGACCUGUUCCAGAUACAAUAUCAGAAAAUACCCAACCUUUUUGCCUCCAGCUUUUCUUGGUUCUGUUCUCCUGAUUUGAAAAUAAAAAACUUGGGUCUUUCGAAGGUUUGAGACAAUGGGAUUUCUCUCACUGAACAUGGGAUUCUUGCUGUGCUUUCUGGUAUUUGUUUCGGGAUUUUUGAAUGUGCAUUGUGGGAAUGGGAAUUCAUCUGUUGUCGAGGGUGAAGUCCUUAUAAAUGGAAGCUCUGUUAUUGCUGAGACUGAUGGAAGUUUUAUCUGCGCUACAAUGGACUGGUGGCCUCCAGAGAAAUGUGAUUAUGGGACCUGUAGCUGGGACCAUGCUUCUCUGCUCAAUCUGGAUCUCAACAAUACCAUCCUGCACAAUGCUGUAAAAGCUUUUUCUCCUCUGAAAAUUCGACUGGGGGGAACACUGCAAGAUAAAGUCGUAUAUGAAAUGAGAGGAGUGCCCUGUACUCCUAGUUCUUUUGUGAAGAAUGCUUCAGAGAUGUUUGGUUUUACUCAGGGCUGCUUGCCUAUCAAAAGAUGGGACGAGCUUAAUUAUUUCUUCAAGAAAUCAGGAGCCAGGGUUUAUUUUGGACUGAAUGCGCUCAAUGGCAGAGUGCCAUUACCGGACGGUUCGCUAGGAGGACCAUGGAAUUCAACAAAUGCUGUUGGGCUCAUUCGCUACACUGUCAAUCGUGGUUACACAGCCAUCCGGGGAUGGGAGCUCGGAAAUGAACUUAGUGGAAGGGGGAUUGGAGCUAGUAUUAAUGCAGAUCAAUAUGCAGCAGAUGUGAUAUCAUUACAUACAAUUGUGCAAGAUAUCUACAAAGGUUUCAAAUCCAAGCCAUUAGUAGCAGCACCAGGGGGCUUCUUUGAUGCCAGCUGGUUUGGUGAACUUGUUGCUAAAACAGAACCCAAUUUUCUAGAUGUCAUCACUCACCAUAUAUACAAUCUUGGUCCAGGUGUGGAUGAUCAUUUAGUGGAGAAGAUUCUCGAUCCUUCCUACCUUGAUGGAGAGGCCAACACGUUCCGUAGUCUACAGAGUUUGCUACACAGCUCUAACACAAGCACCAAGGCAUGGGUUGGAGAAGCUGGGGGGGCUUACAACAGUGGGCACAAUCUCGUCACAAAUGCUUUUGUUUUCAGCUUCUGGUACUUGGAUCAGCUUGGAAUGGCUUCGAAUUUCAACACCAAGACUUACUGUAGGCAGAGCUUGAUUGGUGGAAACUAUGGCCUCCUCAAUACAACCACUUAUGAACCAAACCCUGACUAUUACAGUGCGCUUCUUUGGCACCGACUGAUGGGAACAAGAGUCCUCUCAACGAAUUUCACGGCGAAAAGCAAAAUUCGGGCAUAUGCACACUGUGCAAAAAGAACAAAGGGGAUCACCCUACUCUUGAUUAACCUCGACGGCAACACUACAGUGAAUGCCCGUGUCACUAUGGACUCUGCCAUUAUUAAUAGCUCCAAACAUCAAAACAUGUUCCCUCAUACAAACUUCAAUAGGAUGCCGCGAAAGCAAAGAGCAACUGAAAUAAUAAGGGAGGAGUAUCAUCUCACUGCAAAGGAUGGAGACCUACAUAGCCAAACCAUGCUUCUCAAUGGAAAAAUACUAGGUGUAAACCAACAAGGUAAGAUACCUCGUAUGGAACCAAUAAGAGUAAAUUCCUCAGAACCCAUAGUUGUUGCUCCGUUUUCCAUUGUGUUUGUGCACAUGCCUCUUAUACAUGCCCCUGUUUGUGGGUGAGUGUAAUUUGUCUCUUAAAAAGAUUUUUCAUUCAAUUUACAAUUGUAGCAAAUUAAAUGUAGCUUUCAUAUCAUUUCCCAUUUGUUGUAAGCUUUAACAAAUGUAAAAUAAAUGUAUGAAAAUUGAUCUAUAGUGAGUGAUUUGAUUUAUAAAGGAUUCUAUCCAUUAUCCAA